UCAAAACAAAGCUUUGGUACGUACUUUAGUACCAUGGUAUUUUUAUUUCAAUUGAAGAUAAGCGUUUUGAAACAGGAAGAAUAAUUAUUGGCAUGAUAUAAAUCUCACAAUAAAUCACACAUCAUACUAUAUAUAAUAGGUACCUACAAAAUCCUGUUCGGCUGAUUUAAUAUUUGGCUAAUUAUGUCAAAUAUGAAUGACUUCCAUAGGAGUAAUAAACUGUCUGGAAUACAUUGGCUUAAAAAUCCCAUAGAAGAAUUGUCAAUUAGAAUUAGAUUGAAACCUUUGGAUGCAAUACUGGCAUUACCAAAAUUCGAAGACUACAUAAAUGAGACAAACACUGAAAAUUUAAAUAUAGAACAGAAUAUUGAGGAAUACCUAUUUAAAUGGCAACAAAAGAUCUUUAGCAAAUGGGAAGAAAAUUACUAUUCUGACUUUAUUAACUGUAGCACAGAUAGAGAGAUUAAAUAUAAUGAAAUGCUAAAGAAUGGUGAAUGUAAAUCUUCUAAAGUGUUUACUUACAUACAUGAAGACUUUCAUCUACCUUUGCCUGCAGAUUUAAAAAAAACAAGGUCUAAAAGUGUUCUAAAUUUAAAUUCAUGUAUGAAACAUCUCAGCAUUCAUGGGAAUAUAGAUAAUGUAAUUGGAGGUGAUCUAGCAAAUUCAGUUUCUCAAGCACAUUUACUAAAGAGUGAAGAAAAUAUUUUUGAAGAACAAUGGAUGGCAAUGCAUGUUAUUUUUGAUAAUUCUGAUUAUAAUGAGGAUUCCAGCAUCAUAAUCAAGAGAGAAGUCACUCUACUUUCCAUCUACUAUAAUUUAACUCAUAAUUACAUGACUAUAUCACCAGACAGUAACAAUUUAGUUCUGAACCCGUAUCUCAUUGAGAAUGAGUUGGGUGUGUCCCUCAGCUAUCAGUAUGAAGUGGAUGUGAGUUUUGAGGAUGAGGGAGAGGAAGAGCUUUUGACUUUGUUAACAAAACUCCAUAAGAAAUGGGAGAGGAAACACAGAAAUCUAAUGAAUUUCGUGAUGCCUCCACUGGGAAAGAGGAAAUAUCACUUGGCAUUAGAAAUACUGAGCGCUGUAAACUUUGACAUGGACAAUUUAUACAUCGAAUACACUAUUAAGAUCCCAGAGAGCAUCCAAUGUAAAGACAAUACCCACGGCAGAACGCAUGUGAGUGAAGCUUUGAGGUUUGAUCAGACUGAAACAUGGAAUUAUGGUCACAUUAUAGAAUUGAACUUGGACAUGGAUGCUGGGAAAGAUCCACCGCCCAUAAAAUUCUUCUUCGAAGUCAUUUCGACAGACUGGUGGUGUCGCCAUCGCACCGAAGGGUAUGGCUAUCUCGCUCUAACAUUAGAACCGGGCCGUUACGCCAAGCAGCUGUCCUGCUCUAGACCGGAAGAGAAGGACAAACUCGAAGCGGACAACAGAAGGUUCUUUAUUGGUGGAUGUCAUUUGAUCAAGGAUUUGGAAGUCCUGGCAGAACCUCAAAGUGUGGAUGCAAACUUCAUCUACCACACCACAGGCACAAUCAGCCUUCGUUGGAGCGUUAUAUCCCAAUCUCCCCUUCCCGGUCCAGAAGCAAUACCAGUCCAGCCCGGGACCAGUUCAGCAUCAGCUCUACUCCUGGGCGCGGAGACUGCCCUCAGGAAGUACAGGAAGGCUAGAGCGAGACUAGCAGCGGCCACUAAAGACUUGGAUGUCAAAUAUGAGGAGAUGGGUUGAGGGAAAUACAAUUUCAUGAUCAGGGAGAAAGAAGUAUAGUUUGAUAAAAAUAUUUAUGAACAUGGUACGAAAAAAAAGAAAAAGGUUCUGGCAACAUGUAUCCUGAGUUUCUGUCAAUAGUUCAGCGCAACAAUUAAAGUGUCCCUUGCGAUGACUUCCAUCUGGAACCUUUCUUGAAGUGGAAGUAAGGCUGGACCAAUUACUUCAAGGGAGUCGGGAUAAGUUGAGGAGUAAGAUUUGGAAUGUUCUUGGUUGUCCAAAAUAGUGAGGUCUCCAGACUCUUUAAGCUGUGCUUGGUGAGGAAUACGCCCCAUUGUCCUGGCUUACAGGAGUUACAAUGCCAGAUGAGGGCGGAAGGCUCUCAUACCAAAAAUAGAGGCAGAUAAUCUGACAUUGUCAGAUAGGCUAGAAAGAUCUAUAGUGAGUGGACGAAUGCUUUUGUUAUGCCUGUUAGUGAGGACCAGUUUUCAUGAACAAAUGAACUUAAAAAAAUUAAAGGAGAAGAACUUUAUUAAAAUAACAUAUACUGAAUAGAGGACGCUUUAGCUGGCCACUAAUAGAUUUAUUGGUUGAGACUAGGGGUCGCAAACCGGUAUCCCGGAUUUCGAAAAUACCGGAAUACCGGACCAAAUUAAGAACUUCA